GCUUUGUUUCCCCCCGUCCACAUGGCGGUGACCAUUCACAUGCACAUCAGCCUGUAUCCGACGUUGAUGUUGGACGUCGAGACGUUUGUGCCUGGUAUCUGUGACUGCCUCCGCCUCAUCCUUGUCGCGGCAUUCUUACUGCGGCAAAGUCCCACGUCAAGCUGCGAGAUCAGACAGUUAGCUAACCCCAGUGAUUGGGUCCAGAUGUUCUCUCUCCAGUGUCGACCGAAGAUCCCGUGCGGGAGGGGCAGCACUUCCUUGCACGGCGCCGCCUGUCAGUGCGGACCAUUUAUCCAGGUCGCCCAGAUGCCCAAUCGGGCGACUUCGAGGCCCACGCGGCGGCGAAGAGCUCGGCAGCAGCAAUGCGAGAGUUCAAUCGACCGUCACCGUUUGACUUGCACUGAGCUCUGGACGUGUCUUCGACGUCUGCGUGUGGCGCCGCCCAGCCUCCGGCCCAACCCAGCGAUCCUUGCCCCUCCCCACCCACCUCGCUCGCCGUCUCCCAGCCGGUCUUAACCACCCCACUCUCGCUCGCUCAGACGAUCCUUUCUAGUUCUCCCCACAGGCGACACUGCAUCUUCAUGCACAUUCCGACGCACACGUCCUCGAGGGGUUGACACCACAGCAUCGCGCCGAGAACGGCGAGCAUCUUCCCGACUUCAAACUCUGUGCGAUCUGACCGCGCUGCACCGGCCGAGCCAUGCCCAACUCAGCCCAGUCCUUCGUUUCAUCGAGCAUUUCUACCUCGUCUUAUGCCCAUGCAGACUGGAAGAUAUGGUUCUACCUCGUUGCUCAGCUGGUUGGCGGAGUUGGACUGACCCUCUUACUGGCGACAAUGCUCUGGCCUACCACCAAGCGCAAACCGCGAAACCCCCUGCUCAUCUCGAUGUGUUUCUCGUGGUGGAUCUCAUCGUUUCCGUCUGUCCUCUUGCUGUACUAUGUGGGGCAGGUGACAGGCCCGCCGCCACGGCGUCAGGUCUGCCUUGCAAGUGCUGUCCUGACAACGUCCCAGAGAGCCCUCGUUGCGCUGACGGCCCCAGCGCUGAUCUUCCAUAUCUGGCUCGUUGUGCAAACUGCGGUUGGAUCAAGGUUCACGGAUGACCGGAUGUUACAUGCUAGCACCAUCAUAUGUCUGGUAUCUCCCUGGAUCGUCUACGGUUCUGUUGCCUUGGUAACACUGGUAAUAGGCCUUCGUGACCCGCAGUUAGUACGCCGGGCAACGUACUACUGCGUCAUUAAUGACGCACACCUGACGGAGACCGUCGGGACCGUCGGCUCCGUAGCAACGCUCGCCGCGAUCGUCUUAGAAGUAUGGAUAGUCGCGCUGCUCUACCGAAACCGGUCUUCUAUCAAGCAGCUCUCCAGAAACGGCCGCGGGUUGGAUUUCUCCCUCGUGUUCAGGGUGUGUGUGUUUGGCGUGUAUGUGUUUAUCGGGCUCUGUCUCAACAUCAUGUUGGCCAUCAACUUGACAAGUCCCAUCCCAGAUCUGAUAUGCUCCACCUUCCCAAUCGCCAUCUUUGUCGUCUUCGGCACCCAGCCCGACAUCUGGCGCAUCUGGCGCGACGCCUCCCGCCAAGUCACCUCCCGCCACUCAGCCGCCGGCCUCAACAGCCAGUCCUCGCGCUCGAACGCAUUCUCCUCCACAACUUUCUCGCUUUCAUUCCUCAGGCCGUCCUCGCGCAGCAGCCCCUGCCAGCGCUCACACCCCCUCGCGCCCUCGCACCCCUGGUUGCCCGCCUCGACACAUGCGCCACCCUAUCCUUACACACAUUACCAUACGCGCUCCCUCCCGCUCCCUCCCCUCCCCGCGGCGCUGCAGCCGCCCGCACUCCGCGGCCGCGGCGCCGCCCACGCCCACGCCCGGCCGGGUUUCGUCCGCAUCCAGUCGACGCCAGACCUUGUCCUACAGCGCGGCAGCGGCAGCAGCGCGCCCUCGUCUCCGACCUCCCCAAUCUCCCCGACCUCGUUCGGCUCCUCCGACUCGCAACCGUGGCCGUCGUGGCAGGGGGGCCGUGACGUGCACUACCCGCCGCGCCGGCCGUUCUCCCCGUCUGCUGUGCACGGGUGGGCGUCCCCGCCGCCGACGCCGUCGGUCAUUGACCUGCGCGCCGCGUCCCCGGUGGACGACGGCAAAGGUGCUGCUGGCACCGCUGGCUUUGGUGGGAGCUGCGACGAGCUGCUGGGCGUGCCUGCUGCCGCGGUCGUGCGUCGCAGCGCUGGCGCCGACGACUACACGCCCGUCUGGGACAUUUUUGCUGCUGCUGCGGCGGCGGACGGGGAGGGCGCUGAGUACGACGAGGAGGGUGUCAGAGUCUGGAGGGCGUUGUGAGGGGCCUGCAGGUGGUGGCUGGGCCACCGAGUCCGGGACGUUGUCUUUGCGUUUCUUCCGUGGUCAUGUUUUUCGUGUUUUCGUGUUUUUUUUGUGAUGUCGUCGUGUUGGUUGAGUUUGGGUGAUCGACUCGUGAGCGCCUGGCGCCGGGCUGUAAAUGUACCCCCGCUGUAGCUGUAUCGCCGUCUCCUUGUGUAGU